AUGAAUUUGUACACUCCUGGGAGUGGACUGUUUGAAACGCAUGUAACAUGGGAGGACAUUGAGAAUGAUAUGCAGAGAGAAUUGCAUACGAAAGCCUUCUUCGGUCCGAACAAAACUGCGAAAAAUAUUGCAGAUGGAAUUGGCUUCAUGUCCAGAAUUGUCCUCAUAGAUCCUGACUGGCAAAAUGUGGACAAGCAGCUUCCAGAGAAAUUCAUUGUUAAGGUUAGGCAGAAAGAAAAUUUUUUAUUAUCUCACACAAAGCAUGUUAAGAUCCUCACUCAGCUGCUUCUGGCAAAGCUGACAGCAGAAAUGGGUGUAAACAGCGAUUUUAGGAUCAAAUUUGAUGAACCUCAAAAAAUGAUCUACUUCAUGAGAAAGUUCUCUGAAUCUAAUCCUGUCAAAGGUUACAUUAUCAUGGAGUACUUAGAUAAUGUCAAAACUAUGAAAAUCUACAAUAACAUCACAUUGAAUUCCGUCAAAGAGGUGUUUGCGGCCAUAGCAGUUUUGGAAGCGAUGUCUCUCAAGUUUACUCCAGAGGAAAAAGAAGAGUUCACACGACCUCACUUCGAGAUGUUUCAUGGAAUGUUCUACAAUCACGAUGUUAGUUUCCCUUCCAUUUUGCGGUAA